AUGAGACAAAUUGUUGAAUUGAGGACCUUAUUGGGAGGAGAACCGCUCAAAGCACUGGAUUUAUUUGAAAAAAUUGUUGGAGAAUGUGACGACGACACAAUUUUAGAAGCAAGUCAAUGUGUUUCCAACUAUAUUCGUCAUUCAAGUAUAUAUAAACAACGAGUUUUAUACGAGAAACUUCGGAAAUGCAGCCUUUUGUCUCGAUUAUAUUUAUCACUUCAAUUUAAUGCAUUCACUGAUGUAUCAUUCCCAAAAAAGUUCAUUUUUGAUGGAUCAAGUCUACAAGAGUAUGACACAAGGAGAACAGAUGAAGUUCCCGCCCACCGUCACUACGUCACUGCCGUUGGCUCGAAUCGCUUCUUCAAUUUGGGUCUUCUAUCGGAUGGAAGCCCAGUUUCGGAACCUCAUAUUGUUAAUUUGCCACGUGUCACUCAAAUUGAAAUGUCCAACUCACAUACAAUAUUUGUGACAAAAAAUAAUCGGAUAUAUGGAUGUGGGAAAGCUUCGAGUUUCCUCCCAGAUCGAAUCGAAGAGCAUGAUGGAGGCUACGUGGCAUUGCCAACUUUAAUCAAUAUUCCGAACAUUGAUGUUACGAAAAUAGUGGAUUCUGUUCGAACGACAGAGGGGGGAACUCAGAUUUUGAUUGAGGAUGAGUGGUACUUCAUUGGAAAACAUCCCGAUAACACUGCCGAAACUCGCCGAAUUUCAUCCAAUUGCUCAGUUUCUGUUAAAAAACACGAAAAUCUGAAAAAAACGAAACUCCAAACAGCAAACGUGUCAUUUGAUGGAAAAGUUGUUCAGGUUCAUGUCGGAAUAGGAUAUGAUUUUGCCACAAGAUGCAUCAUGUGGGAUCGAACCACGAAGUUUGAUGCUCCAAAAAAAUUACAUUUUGUGAUAAAUGGAUUUUCGAGAAAUUUGUGCUGCAGUCGUUUCGACGAUUUUCAAGUACUGAGUGAUGGAACAAUUUAUGCAGUGAGCUGUGGAUUAUUGAAAGGAAAAUUAGAAUUGUGGAAAAAUAAGGAUGAUGGAUUCAAAGUGAAAAACGGCACUGUUCUGGAACAUUUCGAUACGAAGUACAGUUUGGUGGCUGUCGUUCAUGAAGUACCAGGAACAAUUGGCACCAAGUUUUUCAAAGUUUCUCCAGACGGACAAAAUUUGAUCAUGAAAAAAGGAUAUGACAGUUCUACACAGUACGACCGGAAUUCCCUUAAAAGUAAGAAACCUCAUCAGUUUGAGUCUGUUCAAAUUCAUCGAAUAAUGGAGACUCGUGAAAAUCAGUUCGAUCCUGUUGAUAUCCCGAAAGAUCUCAAUCUGAUUUUCAUAAACUCGAAGACUGAAACAAAAUCACGCUGGCUAGAAAAGGACACUAUUUAUGAAACAGAAGAAUGGGAUUAUCCGAAAGAAGAAUUCCAGAUAAAUCGUCGAUUAUUCGAAAUGAUUUUUCCUCAUUACAUCGAAGGAAUUCGAGAAAACGAAGAGAUUUAUUUGUACCAAAAAGACAUGAAUUGCGAGUUAUUCAUCGAUUCUGACAGGCCUUCAACCAAAAGUUUCGUCCCACCAAGUUCCGCUGAUCAAUCAUCGAUUUGGUUUUUUAUAUCCAUUGAAAAAACCAAAAUUCCAUGCCACAAAAAUCUGAUUCUACUUCAUUCUCGUCAGAUAACAGCCAUGCAAAGAUUCAAUACAAAUUAUGGAAAUUUUGGAGCGAUGGAAUUAGAAGAGGAGAAACCAGUGGAAAUUGCGAUGAAUGUAUCUGCAGAUACAAUUAGAAAUGCAAUCAAUGGAAUGAUUGAUAUCAGAACUCUAUAUGAAAUCAAAACUCUUGAGUUAAUCGAAUGCAUCAACUUUUAUGAUUACCAGUUAAUGGAAGAGUUGUUCCGCGAUUCAAUGUAUAUUUUAAUGGAUACCAUCACUGAAUAUACACUUCCGUUCUUAUAUGAAUUAUUCUGGAGUUUUGAGAAUAAUGUGAUUGAAGGAAUCGCGACGAGACCUGAAAUAUUCUGGAGUUCUAUUUCUGCGAUUCACCCGCCGAAGGAGUUUUUAUUAAAAUUUGCCAAAAAGUUAGAACACCGUUACAAGAAUGUUUCAUAUAAGCAUGUCGAUACAGAUGAGCUGUCAAGCUACGAUCCGAGCUACGUCAUCAGAAGUCUUGUGAACCUUGAUGAAGAUUUAGAAGAUGUCGUCUGGAAUUCUCUACGUAAAUCCCUUGACGACCCUCUCACUUUUUGGUAUUCUGAUGCAAUGAAGAAAAAAGAAGAGAAACGGGCAGAACGAAACCGAAGAAACAGUCACACAUGUCGACAGGAUAGUAUAUCAAUGACAUCUUCACCGAUUCCAAUUGGAGGACAUCCAAAAACUGAAAGCUUCUCUAAGUCGCUGAACAGUCCGGUGGCUCGAAGUCCCCUUACUCAAUCGAUGUCACCAUUGGGAAAAGCUUUGCCAAUUCUCAAGCCAAGAAAUGACAGUAUUUCCAAUUCAUUCGAAGAUUUUCCGGAAGUUGGGUUCACCCUGUCCACACCCAAAUCAUCAUCCGGAAUUUCCCCUGGUGGUCGUUUUGCUCCGAAAGGAACGAAAUUCAAAAAAGAUUUUGAAAUUCUCAAACCUGCUACUCCUACUAAUCCAUGGAAAUCAAUGAGUCCAUCAACUUCUUCGAUAAGAGAAGAGAUUCAAGUGAAACAAGUCGUCAAUUUCGAUGAGGUCGUCAGGAAAGAAGAGAAAUUGCAGAAAAAUAUAAGAACCGGUUUCAAAAAAGUGCAGCUAUUACCACAUGUAGAACUUGAGGAAUUGGCUGUUGCGCAGAUUCUGGAAGUUUUUGGUCAGGAGCUACACAAUGAAGCUAUUAUCAAUGUAGAACUGGUUAACGACGACAACUUUGAUGUGGAAAAUGAGCAAAAUGUGUGGGGAAAUAUGCCCGGGCUUGUUCGUCGUUAA